AUGGUUCCCAGCCCGCCCCUCACCUCUCCCCACUACCACCCACCCCACAAUCAUUUAAUGGUUCCCAGCCCGCCCCUCACCUCUCCCCACUACCACCCACCCCACAAUCAUUUAAUGGUUCCCAGCCCGCCCCUCACCUCUCCCCACUACCACCCACCCCACAAUCAUUUAAUGGUUCCCAGCCCGCCCCUCACCUCUCCCCACUACCACCCACCCCACAAUCAUUUAAUGAUUCCCAGCCCGCCCCUCACCUCUCCCCACUACCACACACCCCACAAUCAUUUAAUGGUUCCCAGCCCGCCCUUCACCUCUCCCCACUACCACCCACCCCACAAUCAUUUAAUGGUUCCCAGCCCGCCCCUCACCUCUCCCCACUACCACCCACCCCACAAUCAUUUAAUGGUUCCCAGCCCGCCCCUCACCUCUCCCCACUACCACCCACCCCACAAUCAUCUAAUGGUUCCCAGCCCGCCCCUCACCUCUCCCCACUACCACCCACCCCACAAUCAUUUAAUGGUUCCCAGCCCGCCCCUCACCUCUCCCCACUACCACCCACCCCACAAUCAUUUAAUGGUUCCCAGCCCGCCCCUCACCUCUCCCCACUACCACCCACCCCACAAUCAUUUAAUGGUUCCCAGCCCACCCCUCACCUCUCCCCACUACCACCCACCCCACAAUCAUUUAAUGGUUGCCAGCCCGCCCCUCACCUCUCCCCACUACCACCCACCCCACAAUCAUUUAAUGGUUCCCAGCCCCGCCCCUCACCUCUCCCCACUACCACCCACCCCACAAUCAUUUAAUGGUUCCCAGCCCACCCCUCACCUCUCCCCACUACCUCCCACCCCACAAUCAUUUAAUGGUUCCCAGCCCGCCCCUCACCUCUCCCCACUACCACCCACCCCACAAUCAUUUAAUGGUUCCCAGCCCGCCCCUCACCUCUCCCCACUACCACCCACCCCACAAUCAUUUAAUGGUUCCCAGCCCGCCCCUCACCUCUCCCCACUACCACCCCACCCCACAAUCAUUUAA